UUUCCCUUUACUGCCAUAAAUCCAUCCAGACUGCAAAACCGACAGCCUGCCAGCAAUCAGUCAAACAAUUCGAAUAGAAAAGCCGGCAAACCACCGAAAAUGUUUAAAGUAGCGGGCUACGUUUUGCUGCUGGUUCUGUCGAAGGAACUGGGCAUUUCCCACGGCGAGCCCUACAACAAGCAACUGACCAUUUUUGUCGAGGCUGGCCGACAGGAGUGCUUUUACCAGCCGAUUGCCAACACUGAGAACAUUAAAAUCGACUACCAGGUGAUCCAUGGGGGUCUCGGCGAGACGCAUAUCAAUUUCAAUCUGAUGGAUCCCAGUCGCCGCCUUCUGAUCAACGAAAUAAAGCAGGAAAAGGGAAACCGCGAGGUGGUGGCCAACGAAACUGGUUCCUAUAAGAUUUGUUUCGAUAACACUAUAAGCACAUUUAACCAAAAGAUCGUGUCCUUCACCCUGGAGGUAACUCAUGCGGACAGAAACGAGCGGGAGCUGCGAGAUCUGCGCCAGGAGAUGCUAACCGAUUACCACUUCGAUGUGGCUUAUACGGGUAUCGACAAUUACAUGGGCAAGAUACAUGUGAAUCUCAUGAGAUCUCGACAGACCCAGGACUUUAUUCGCGCCAUCGAGGCCAGGGACCGAAACGUGGCCGAGUCCACCUACGCCAUGGUCAACAAUUGGUCGUGGACCCAGUUUUUGGCCAUGAUAUUUGUGGGCUUUCUGCAGGUCCUGAUGGUGAGAAGUAUUUUCCACACAACCGGAACGUUCCACAAGUUUUGGAAAUGUUUUUAGGCGAUUUGUGCAUAGCAAAUAAUUUUUAUAAAAUAGAUUUUAGAAACCUGAA